AAAAAACGCUAGCCCUACUCCGCGGAGCGGGCCGUUUGAACCCCAGUCAGUGCCGGAGUCGCUCUAUUCUGCGGGCCCACGUGGCCGGGGCACUCCUAGACUUGACCUGGACGCCAGCCUCGACCCCCGAACCCAGAAGGCCGGGAAGGAACCGCGGGGCCGAGACCCUCUGCGUCAGCCAUGGGCCCGCGCCGCCCGAAGCGCAAGACCGAAACCCCAAGGAAACGCAUCGCUAGCCCGACCCCCGCCACCCCACGUCCGACCCCCACCACCCCACGUCCGCCCCGCGCAACCCCACGUCCGCCCCCUUCCACAGGCCCUUCCUUCCGUCGGCGGCGGCGGAGACAUCUGAUUCUGAGGGAGAUCAAAAAUCUUCAGAAGAGCACACAACUUUUGUUAAGGAAGACCCCCUUCUGCCGCCUGGCAAGAGAAAUAUGUGUUAAAUUCACUCGUGGUGUGGACUUCAAUUGGCAAGCCCACGCCCUGCUGGCCCUACAGGAGGCGGCAGAAGCCUUUCUAGUGCAUCUCUUUGAGGACGCCUACCUCCUCUCCCUGCACGCCGGCCGCGUCACCCUCUUCCCGAAGGACGUGCAGCUGGCCAGGAGGAUCCGAGGCAUCGAGGAGGGGCUCGGCUGAGCUGCCCCUGCCGGUGCACCUGUCCGGCUCACCAAGGGAAGAUAGCGGGACUCCGGCUGGGAGUCCGAGGUGUGCUGGACUCGCUGUUUCUGAGUAGAGUGCGUGUGUUGUUUUCGUAAUUGGUUCUUUGAAGAAGGAGCAGGCUGCGUGGCUUCCUCUGCAACUGAGGACGGGGAUAAGAGAGUCGCAUGGUUCCAGGGGCCUGGGAGCUGUUUUCAGAUGGAGGGACUCGGGUUGACUUCCAUUUCUAAAUUAUUCAUAUGACUGCCUAGUGAUUCUGGAGACAUCAGAUUUGCCAAUAUCUGCCUAUUAUCUUAGAUCUUCCCAGACCAUUUAAAGUUUUUACCAUACGUAUAUUUACUUAUGUUUAACACGGAAAGGAAAAAAUAAGAGAGGAGCACUUUGGUCAGUUGCGGGGAUGAGCCUGGCGCAUCCAGCGCAGAGACCUCUGUCCUUCGCUGGGGUCAGCUUCAGCAGUGGCGGCCACAAGGGCCUGUGUGGCCUGUGCCUGCCGACGAAUCACAGCGUUUCCGAAACUCAUCUGGGGUGAAAACUGAAACUUUUAAGAUUUGAUGUUCUGAUUCUUCUUAGUAAAUGUCUAUCAAGAUCACUCAGAAAUUCUAGCCUGUAGGAUUUUAUUAUUUGUAAAUCACAGAGCAUGUAGCACAGUUUAUACUUUACAAUUUUUCAUUCCCAGAUUUUCAGGUGUCUUUUUAAUGUGUUGACAGAUAUUUUUAUAAAUUUGUUUGUGGAGAGAUAAUAAAAAUAAUUCUUUAAUGAAAAAUGUUUAAAGCAAAGUUACCGUUACAGCAUAUAUGUAUAUUUUGUGUGUUAACAUUAAGUUCUCUGUACACGGUUUGCAAACAGCUAAAAUUUAAACGAGCAAUGAGGACUUUGUCCUUCUCCUGUAGCUGAAAGCCCUUUAAGAGACCCCCAGACAAAGAGGGAAUGCCUCCCAGAGAUUUUUAGAUUUUCGUGUCUGGUCAAACUGAUUAGCGAGGGCAGACCAGUCAACCAAACUCAGAGACCAGCUAAAGGGAAGGACCUAGUUCUAUCAUUUAAUACAACUUCACCCGCUGGGAAAGCCUUCUUGUUUGACCUCAAUUUAUAUUUAUGCAGGCAUUCAAAUAAAGCUUAUCUAUCUAUGAAUAUAUUUAAUUUUAAAAUAUAUUUUAUCUGUGAAUAUAUUU